AUGCCGAACAACAACGCAAGCAACCAAACGAACCGCAACGUGCGAGUUAUCUCAGGUUAUCCCCCUGCCCAUACACCUGCUGACAUGGAAGCAGCAGCAGCACUCGUGGCCCUGAGCCAAGGCAAUCCAAACCACAACCCCAGCAGCACACGAGGGACCCUGAUCUGGGACGUGCGAACAGACAGCCGGCGACUCGAGCCCGUCUUCGAGAACGAGAACGGACGGGUGAACCCUUUCGCCCGAGCACAGAACAACGGCGCCUCCUCGAUUCCAGCACCAUGCGACUUCAACGCAAUGCUGGCUGAGCGUCUCUGGAGCAUCUCGCUCGUGCACCUUGUCCCUCCUGAGAUUGAAUUCGCGUCGGAGCGAUUCACGGCUGGCGCCAUGCCUCCCACGGUCCUACAAGUUUCCCGCAGGUCCGAAAUCCCGAUGAUUCCCGAGGAGCUUGGACGCUUUGUUGACCUGUGGACCGAUUAUGGGUACACACGUCACACGAUUGGGGAAAUGCUCGCUCGUAACAACGUCAUGAUUCCACGCUCGUACAUCAGUGAACGGUUGGCUAGUAGGCAGGCUGACUCGGACAACGACCUGCGAAGCUUUUCUGAUGGGGGCUUGGAUGUCGAGAUGGACGACAGCGGUUAUGAAGUGGACGAUGAAGAAGAGGGCGAUGAUGGAGAGGAUGAUGAUGAUGAAGACGGGCGCGGAGAUCGGCAGAGUGAGCUUGAAUUCUGGUACGACGAACACUAG